AUGAAAAAAGAUGAGCUUACCAGAAUUUUGAAUAAACACCCCAAAAAUAGUUCAAAUUUAGAUAAUGAUUUGAUUGCGCAAUCGUCCUCUGCAAUUGAUGAAAAUUCGACUGCUAUGCAAUCGUCCUUCGCAAUUAAUUAUGCUAAUGAUG